CAAAGAUUGCCUAAAAAAGUGACUCCCUUGUCCGUUUGUGCAUUGGGGUCAAACUUACGUUUCUGUCUAAAUGAAUCCUGCUACCAACAAGGGGUUGGAUAUCCUCCUCCAGCGGAGAUUCCGUACUCGGCCUUGAAACGGUCAAUUCGUACGCUACCUCACCUCCGUUAGUGUGAGACUGCACUGGUGCGGGUAAACUUCCAAGCCACCCAGCCGCGUGGCAUGUGCCGUGUGCACCCUAAGAUGACUCUUCAGCUGACCCCCGAAUGACUAAGCUGUUUACGUUGACACCACCUAACAAGCGUCAUCAUGAAGUAGACGCUCUCCGCCAUUAUAUAGACCGGGAGCUGAUCGCCCUCUUUCUUUCUUACACCCCCAACCCCAACAACUUCUCUCAUCUAUGGCAUCACUCCUUCACGCUGCAAAGUCACUCGCUGCCAGUCUGACUGGUGGUGACGACAAAGUCAAGCAACUCCAGGAUGACACGCAAGAUGGCCACAAGGACACCCCACUCAAGUCCUACUUUGGCGUAUCUCAAGCCAACACCGAUGACUCUCUCAAAGCAGGCGCUCGCGGCCCUACCCUCCUCGAAGAUAUCCACUUCCGCGAGAAGGUUUCCCACUUCGAUCACGAGCGCAUUCCCGAACGUGUGGUACACGCGCGUGGUACAGGUGCUCAUGGCUACUUUACCCUUCAUACUGCCAUUCCGGAAUACACCUACGCCUCGCUCUUCAACGAUACUACGCGUACUACAUCUACCUUUGUUCGAUUCUCCACCGUUCAAGGAGCGCGCGGAUCGGCGGACACUGUACGUGAUGUUCGUGGAUUCGCAACAAGAUUCUACACUCCAGAGGGAAAUUAUGAUAUUGUUGGGAAUAACAUCCCCGUGUUCUUCAUUCAAGAUGCAAUCAAGUUUCCCGACGUCAUUCACGCAGUCAAACCGGAGCCACAUAAUGAAAUCCCUCAGGGAGCAACGGCUCAUGACAACGCGUGGGAUUUCUUUUCCCUUGCCCCAGAAACGGCGCAUAUGGUCAUGUGGACAUUCUCCGAUCGUUCGAUUCCCCGAUCCUUCCGUCAUAUGCCGGGUUUCGGUGUCCACACAUUUGUAUUUGUGAACGCCAAAGGGGAACGUCACUUUGUCAAAUUCCACUGGAAACCCAAACUGGGCACGCACUCCCUUGUUUGGGAUGAGGCCCUUAAACUGGCAGGCCAAGAUCCAGAUUUCCAUCGUCGGGAUCUAUAUGACUCUAUCGAUGCCGGUGCUUAUCCUCAAUGGGAAUUUGGAAUUCAAGUCGUUCCGGAAAACGAUGCCGAUAAGUUUGAAUUUGAUUUGUUGGAUGCGACCAAGUUCAUUCCGGAGGAUAUUUUGCCGGUGAAAUAUAUCGGGACGCUGACGCUCAAUAAGAAGCCGGAAGAGUUCUUCCCUGAGGUCGAGCAAGUUGCUUUCUGCACUCAACAUAUGAUUCCUGGUGUCGAGCACUCCAAUGACCCACUCCUUCAAGGGCGUGCUUUCUCUUACUUUGACACCCAACUCUCCCGACUCGGUGGUCCCAACUUUGGCGAUAUCCCUAUCAACCGUCCUAUUUGUCCUGUGUUUAACUUCCAGAGGGGUGGGCAGCAUCGCAGGAUCAUCACGACAGGUCACAUCAAUUAUUAUCCUAAUCGCGAUGCGAACAAUGGGGCACAUCCUGUUCCGCCAGAUGAAGGAGGUUACCUUGUGUCAGGACAACCUAUCGAGCCUCAUGCGCACAAAACUCGCGCGAGAGGUCCGAAAUUCGCGGAGCAUUGGGACCAAGCUACACUUUUCUAUAAUUCGCUCUCUACUGUUGAAAAGCAACACCUUGUUGCUACGAUCGGAUUUGAGCUUGGAAAGGUGGAGGAUAUCCGUGUUCAUAAGAACGUCAUUGCCUACUUGAACAACAUUGACAAUGACCUCGCUCGUAAAGUCGCUGUGCAAAUUUCCAUUCCCCCUCCCGAUCCGGUCAAAACGAAUCAUGGGCACCGUUCCGAUUACCUCUCAUUGCUCUCACCGCGCAACACUUUCUCCGCCUCGGGUCGCAAGAUUGGAAUUUAUGUCCUCGAUGGCUUCUCACCUGCUGUUGUGAUUAGGCUUCAGGCGGAAAUCCUAGCCAUCGGUUCCGUUCCCGUCAUCGUUGGACCCCGUGUGGGACUAGUGAAGAGUGAAGCGGCGAUCGGCUCAACUGAAAUCACGAAGAUCGAUUUCCAUGCUCAAUCCAGCUUCGAAACUUCUCGCUCCACACAUUGGGACGCAGUGUUCUUCGCAAGCGGAUCUACUCCCGAAUAUGCUCAAGCGCUCGCGAAAUCUGGCCGACUGAUCUAUGCAGCUCGUGAAGCGUAUGCGCAUCAGAAGCCUAUUGGUGUUGUGGGGAUUGCAGUCGAUUGGCUGGAAAAUGUCGUUCUUCCUGGAGAGUUGACCCGGGAAGUUAAAGGGGAGGAAGUCAGUGUUGUACAUGGCGUGGUUUUGAGCGAACAUGUGACGGAGGUGGUUGUGGGUGAAUUUGUGGACGCUUUCUUGAAAGAGGUGGCGAAGCACAGGGCUUGGGAUAGGGACGUUUCUCAUAUUGCUGCGUAGGAGCUUGUAUCAGCGCUUUCUUGGUCCCCGGUUUUUUUUUCUUCCCUUCUCCGCUGGUUGAUGGUACCCUCCUGGCAAUCGCAUCGUUCCAUUGCUGCUAGGAUAUUAUACAUAACGAAUGAGUUGUCCUGAAUGGAGGAAAACGUCGCUCUUCCAAGCUCACUUCCUUGCGUCAUCGCGCAUUAGCGGGCAGUAACAUUGCAUUGGCAAAACGAUCCUUGCAUGGCCUUCCGUAGAUGUUGUACCAUGCUCGAAUCAAUGAAAGUGAGGCUUUGGAUCGUGU